AUGCAACCCAGCAAGGACCGCAACUUUUUAAGUGCUUUGUAUUCCAUAUCUAAUAAACUUCCCAGUUUCACAUCAUCAUCAUCAUUAUCAUCAUCACCACCAUCAUCACCACCAUCAGCUGCACCACCAGCACCAGAACCAGCAAAGAUGUCUAAAGAAUCUACGGAUUUUGGCACUUUUAUAGGCCGGGCUUGGAAGGCAGCCAUGGGUGGUCGAGGUGGCGGCCGUCGUGGUCGUGGAGGUGGCCGUGGCGGUCACAACGGUGGUGUGAAGAGGUCUGGCGGCAAUUGUUACAAUUGCAACUCGCCUUACCACCAGCGGAAGGAUUGCCCUACCAGGGACCGACCCCGGCAUGGUCGUGCUAGCCGACAGGAAGCCCUCCCUGCUGCCCCUCCCGUCGCUGCUCUUCCCGCUCCCGCUACUACUGCUACACCUGCGGCUCCCGUUCCUGCUGCUACUCUCGCAGCUCCCGCCCUAGCUCCCACUCUGGUUCCGGCUCCGCCUCUGUCUCUGGCUCCUUCUGAGCUCUCGGAGGUGAUUUUCCCUCUGGAUCCCGUUGAGUUCGAAGCUGAGGGUCUUGACACGCCUAUGUCGGAUCUCCCAGCUGUGCCUCAGGCUAACGAGGGCUCUGCUGCUGUCGUCCAGGACCCCGAGCAACUGGAGGCGGCCCGACUCAUGGUGAUCCAGGCAGUGUCCAGAGCGACGACUCUCUCCGGGGAUGUUUGCAGGGAGAUCCUCACCAGCAAUAACGGGGACGUCAACGUCUCCAUAGAUAGGGGCAUCAUGCUCGCCACAGUGUCGAGGGUUACUGGGAUGACCUUGGAGGCGUCCGAGGCGCUCCUCCGCGCGACCGCCUGGGUUCUUGGUGAUGCCGAGACCGUGAUAGCUCAAUGGUUCCCAGACGGCAACAUCCCUGACAAUCUCUUGCGGGCGGAUGUCAUUGCUGCCAGACGAGAGCGCGAUGCCACUAUGGCCGAACCCCGCUAGAUUGAAGGCGCUCCUGGUGUCGACGGUCGGGGUGACGCUGGCCAGAGCGAGUGCUGCACAAGCAGACGGGUGUGGUUGGUAGUUUUUGUCCCCGCGGAGGGCAUGUUGUUCUUUCCUUUUUCUCUUUUCAAGAUGUGUGGAGACACGGCCGUUUACUUGUUUCUGUUCUCGUUCGCUCAAAGAUGCGCAGGCUCGUGCAGGGAUUGUCUUUUCAUGAUGUUACGA